AAGCAAACAGCAGUUAACCAGGAGGGGCAGGGAAGUACGAGAGAAAGAAACAGCAACAGCAAUAUAUUUCAGAAGAGGAAAUUAAGAACUGAAUCACAAUGCUGUUGUUCAUCCUAAUAGGAGCCUUCUCUGUGGCUGGUGCCGGGAGCGAGGAGCUGUUGGUGGAGGCAGGCUCUCUGGCAGUGCUGCCCUGCACCAUCAAGUCUCCAACCAAAGGCUCCCCGAGUGUACAGUGGGUGAAGAUCAAUGGCAGGGACCGCAACACCGUGUGGAGAAGAGAGCGAAGUGGUAUGGAGUUUCAAGGAGUGGAGGUGGCACCGAGGGCCAGGUGCCCGCACAGUGAUUUUGGAAAGGGGGUCUUCAAUCUGCACAUCGAGAGAGUGAGGGUGGAGGACGGAGGAGAGUACACCUGCACAACAACAGACAGAAGAAAAGAAGUCCAGAGACACGUUCUCCGUGUCAUUCAAGUAUCUGUCAGUCCUGCUGCCCCGCUGGAAGGCAGUAGUGUGAAUGUGACCUGCAGUGUCACCCCCCGGCCUGCGGAGGCGACGGUGAGCUGGAAGCUCAAUGGAAGCCCACUCUCCCUGCAGCAAACACGGAGUACCGCAAAUAUGGAGGAGCGGCAGAUUAUGAGCAUGUCUCCACGGGAGACAGGACAGUGGACAUGUACCGUCAGGCUUGGGAAGAAGGAAGGAGAGGCAACUCAGUACCUUUCUAUGCGAGGUAUCUCCAGCCCCCUUGCGGAGGUGACCCAGCUGUACAGAGCAGUUGGCUCCCCUGUUGUGCUCCCCUGUGUGUUCAGUGAAGGGCUGACUCCCCAGAACGCUGGCUGGCAGAGGAACCUGAACGGGGCCGGGCCCUUCAGACCUCUCCCUCCCACCCUGCAGCCCUCGGGCCCACAGCGGGACCUCUCAGUGCGGAUGGAGAGAGUGGAGGCGGGGGACGGCGGAACGUACCGCUGUUUCGGGGAGGUGGCUGGCAGGAAGCUGCAGAGGCAGCUGCUGCUGGUGACGGCUCAAGUUCGAAGCUCGAGCCCCGUGAAACUCAACGCUCCUGUGAGUCUGACCUGUGAGCUCAGCAAUGGCACAGGAGUGACAGGGUACGAGUGGCUGCAGAUCACAUACGAUGCCAACGGCACACGAACAGAGACCCCAAAAUGCCAGACAAAGACCCUGAGGAUUCCCAAAAUGACAGAGCAGCACACUGGAGAAUGGGUGUGCCGUUACCGUGGGGAACAAGGAAUUCUGGGAAAUGUUACUUACAGUUUCCAGGUCAUGAGUCACUUAGAGGCAGAGAGACCGUCUUCAGGCAAAGCUGGCAUGGUAACUGGCGUUGGCUUCCUCAUCGUGGUGUUGCUGUUGAUUGUGCUCCAGAUGUACAAAAACUAUCGCAGGCGGAAAAUGAUCUUGCAGUACCCUGCCCUCGAAACCAUUGUUCACUCCGCCUCCAACGCACGAGAGGGGAGAGAGAGGGAGAGAAUGAGAGAGAAAGCCCAGGGCAGCCAACCGCAGGCUUAGAGUGACUCAGCCCCGCACCAUCUCUGUAAUGUGAUAAAAAAAUGUAUAUAUAUACUUUUUUUAUUCAUUAUACAGCUUAAAAUGCAUUUAAAAUGUGAAUAUGCUUCUCUAUAUUGUUUUCUAAUAAUACUAUAAUACUACUACUCCUGUGUGUUUGUGUGUGUGUGUGUGUGUGUUUGUGAGUGUGUGUUGGUGUGUGUGUGUGUGUGUGUGUGUGUGUGUGUGAAUGUGUGUGUGUGUAUGUGCACAUGUGUGUCUCUGUGUGUGUGAAUGUGUGUAUGUGCACAUGUAUGUUUUUGUCUAUCCAGGUAUGUACAUUUCUAUCCAAGUGCAAUAAUUUGUAGCAGACAUUUCUUUUUGUAUUUUCUUAAUUGUAUUUUUUUUGUUUUUAAACAGUUGUUUCUUAUGUAAUAUCAUGCAUACGUCAAUAAAAAUACAUAUAUAUCAA